GACUUGGAAGGCCAAAGUGCAUCCAUCUGACAGCCGGACCACCAUCCAUUCGUCCUAUCCACCCAGCCUCUGACUUAACUCAGUUGGCUCUUCCUCUCCUUUCGGAAUCUCCUCUUCUCUUCUAAGACUGGAACCCUAGAGCCACUUGCGCGCAAGAUCCUUCGUCACGAUGGCUGAUGCGGUCACUCGUGCUGAGUCGGUGGCGUCCAAGCCAUCCGAGGAAAAGGUUCCGUACGACGUCUCUGUCAAAGAAAGCGUCUCAGAUCGCGAUGCUGCUGCUGCUCAAUCCGAGGAAAAUGGCGACUUGCAUCGGGCCCUCAAGCCGAGGCAGGUCUCCAUGAUUGCCAUCGGCGGUGCGAUUGGCACUGGUCUCAUCAUCGGCACUGGUUCUGCCUUGGGUCAAGGUGGUCCCGCUGGUGUCCUCAUCGGAUACGUCGUCAUGGGCUUGUGCUGCUUCGCCACGCUUUGCGCUCUCGCGGAGAUGAGCGCAUACAUUCCUCACAAGCGAGGAUUUCCUGGUCAUGCCACACGCUUCGUCAGCCCCGAAUUUGGAUUUGCAACUGGAUACAACUACCUCUUCAAGUACCUGAUCAUCUUCCCCACCCAGCUUAGCGCCGCCGCCCUCCUGAUCACGUUCUGGACACCGCUCAAUCCCGCAGUCAUCAUCAGCGUCUACCUAGUCGUAUGCGUAUUCCUCAACUAUGCAGGCGUAGCUUGGUUUGGCGAGAUAGAAUUCUGGCUUUCGUUCAUCAAGAUCAUCGUUUUGACGGGAUUGAUUCUCCUCGCGCUCAUCCUCGAUCUUGGAGGUGGUCCAACUGGAGACUUCAUUGGCGGCCGCAACUGGAGAGAUGGAAGAGCAUUCCGCGAAUACAAGGCGGAGGGUGCUCUGGGUCGCUUCCUCGGCGUUUGGAGCUGCAUGACUACCGGUCUCUUCGCCUUCAUGGGCAGCGAGCUGAUUGGUGUCUGCGUCGGUGAGACAGCCAACCCCAGGAAAGCUCUGCCUUCGGCGAUCAAGAAGACUUUCUAUCGUAUCCUCUUCUUCUACUGGAUCGGCACGACGAUGAUCGGUCUCAUCGUCCCUUCCGACGACCCCAGACUCCUCGGCAAAGGUGUUACGAAGGGCACAGCAGCAGCCAGUCCAUUCGUCAUUGCAGUUGUCGACGCCCAAAUCAAGGCGCUGCCAAGCCUUGUGAAUGCGUGCUUGCUUAUCUUUGUCCUCUCGGCCUGCAACUCCGAUCUGUACAUCGCUGCUAGGACCCUCUACGCCAUUGCCGAGGACGGCAAUGCGCCCCGCAUCUUCCUGAAGUGCAACAAGCGUGGAGUGCCUUACAUGGCCCUUGGCUUCUCCUCGAUCAUCGGUGCUAUCGCUUACAUGAGUGUGAACACCGGUGGAAACACUGCAUUCGGGUACCUCAAGGACACCGUCACAAUUUGCGGCGGUGUCGCGUGGUGCAACAUCCUCUACUCUCACAUCGCUUUCAUGAGAGGCCUCAAGGCUCAAGGCAUUUCUCGAGACAUUUUGCCCUACCGAGCGCCAUUUGCGCCAUACACAUCUUGGGCCGCUCUCAUCUGGGUCUCCAUCGUGCUCUUCUUCAAGGGCUUUGCAGCAUUCAUCGGCAAGUUCGAGUACAAGACUUUCAUCACCCACUACAUCGCUUUGCCGUUCUUCUUUGUCCUCUGGUUCGGCUACAAGUUCGUCUGUAAGACCAAGGUGGUCAAGCCUCAACAGAUUGACUUUGCAGCUGCGCAAUCGUACGAUCACCUCGACGAGAAGGAGGACGAGGAGAUUGGCAAUCUGACCAUGAAACAGAAGACGAUCAAGUUCUUCAAGGAGUGGUAGAGUGUUCAGCUCAGGCCUACAGCAUUGCAAGCAUUGCCCUUGCCCGACUGUCCCUGCUGCUGUUCAAAGUUUCUUGUCAUCACGAAUGUUUCCAAAACCCACCUGUUUGUAUUUCACGUCACGACGAGAUAUUG